AAUAAAAAAGACACAACCUCCAUAUUAAUCCAUCUGCAGGCGACCGGGCGAUCACGAUUUCACGACACCGUACUGGUGUGUGCUGGUCCUCAUGGGAAAAGCAGUCUUCCUUAAGGCAAAAUACUACCACUUUUGUCCACCGGCAUCGCUAAAAUCGACCAAAACUGAAAAGUUACCUAGUUUAGCGUUAAAUGUCUAGCCAUUUUAAAUAAAAGUGUGUUUUACAAUGAACAUAUUAUUCCAUUGUAUUAUUCUCUCGUAAUGACAACUUUUCCUGUCUUGUUGUCAAGUUGUUUUAUUUUUGUGUCGACGUCAACUUUCUUCUCUUCCAUGGUCUUCCUAAAGAAAGUCGUCCUAAAGACAAAAGUAUUUCACCAGAGAGGCAUUUUUAAUAUAAACGAUCUCCUGGGGCUUACGUUGUUGUCUAUAAAAACCUCAGUUAAAUUCCUUUUUUAAGAAAUUAAUGUUUUAUGUUUUUAAAUUGAAUUUGAAUGAUGAAUGGACAUGAAUACAAAUAGAACAAAGCAAAAAAUGCAUGUAAAUUUCCCCCCAAAUGUUUCCUGAUUUUUAACAAGCAUAAGAGAUUCACAAAAAUCUUAAAGAAAACACUUACUUUACACAAUUUAGCUUUGUUGAUGUGAAAUUCGUCUAGCAGUAUAAAAAAGUUCACUGAUUUUCUUAAUUUCUGUAUUUUUUUUACGUAAUAUUUGAUCAUUUUUUAAAUUGGAAAUCAUGUCUUUUUCUCAACAUCUACCCAAAACUUGACACUGAAGGUGCAAUCACCUAAAAACAAAAAAGACGAGUUAAGUUUCCUGAGCAACCUUGCAAAAUGUACAUUGCUGUGCAAUAUCUUAAGGUGUACUUCUUUUACUUCAGCAGUUUCAAAAAUGGGAAGUGAAGUUAAGAUGACGCAGUCGAUAACUGCGGUCGCAGUCGAUAACUGCCGCUUCAAAUCUGGCGGAAGUUACGUAUCAUGCAUAUGUCAUGCAAAACCUUACUCGUCGGAUGAUUACACUGAGUAUUUGUACUGCACUAAUGCCUAGUGUUGCUGUCAGCGCAAGGUUUUUGUAAAUUUCGGACAUUGCUGAAUGGGGGAUUUUGAGGUACGAGUGACAUCCAUUUUGGAGCAAAUGGCUAACUUGGCUGUGAUCGAAAUGAGCAGAGUUGUUUUCAACACGAAGCAAGAAAUGUCUCCGGUCGAGGACACUACAGUUUCAGUGGCGGAUAAAGUGACCCAUCAAGUCAACUCCUUCAUGACGCUGCUGGCUCAAGAGGCAGCUGACAGCAUCUGCUCCCUUUUCCAUGAAUGUUCAUCUUUACUGCGCUCACAAGUGAUGCAAGGGGAUGCACAGAUGGAGGACCUGAAGAGGAGGCUGAAUGUGGCUGAAGCAGCGCUGAGUAUACUGGUGACGGACUCUCAUACUGUGGGAGAAGUGGUGCAAAAGCAGGAAGUAAAUAUUGUAGUCGAGGCAUCAGAAGGGGAGGAACCCUCAAGCAACAACAGUAACUCAGUCUCUGGGGAUACCAAGAAGUCGACAAUCAUUUACCUAGCUUACAAGCAAAACGACCAACCAGCCUUGGACACAUGUGUGUCCACUGACCUGAAGGGCAACUUGGACCCAAAUGAUGACAAUGAUCCAAACACUCAGGAGCUGGAAGACCCUAGUGACACAUGGCAAACAGGCCUGACCACAAAUUGCGUCCGAGUUGCGAAGAAGUGUGGCAUUAACUCCAGCAAACCACUUCAGCGACGAGCCCCCCGAAUAGCAUGUCGAGGCGACAGGAACUUUUCAUGUUCACUAUGCGGAUGCACCUUCACCCGCCAGCGCAGUCUCAAUGCGCACAUGCGGCAGCACACAGCUGAGCGCGCUUACACAUGUGAUGUGUGCUGUAAGGGCUUCACGCACAAAGAGAUACUACUGGACCACCAGCGCCUGCACAAGGACGAGCGUCCCUUCAAGUGCACGCAGUGCGACAAAAGCUUCUACCGAGCCAACGGCCUGAAGUUGCAUCAGCGCUUGCACGCCGUCCGCCGCAUGCGUACCGGUGUGCACCCCUGCAACGUCUGUGAGAAGACCUUCAGUCUACAAAGCAACCUGCGGCGCCACCUGCGCAUCCACACAGGCGAAAAGCCUUAUAGCUGCGACACCUGUGGAAAGUGCUUCACCCAAGCCGACACACUCAAGAGCCACAUCAGGAUGCACACGGGGGAGCGCCCGUUCAGCUGCGUCACCUGCGGGAAGUCCUUCAUGCAUAAGAGAACGCUUGAGGCUCACGCCGCCGACACCCCGCUGCCGUGUGUGGUGUGUGGCGCCACGGCGGCCUGCACAGAGGCGAUGCGCACUCACCUGCAAAUGCAUGACAACACCUUGCCAUGCGCCUGCUCGCUGUGUGGCCAUUGGCUGGCCACGGCGGCUGAGUUGCUAUCACACCAGCAGCAACACCGUGCGAUAGAGGGAGGACAUGGCUGCACCGUUUGCGGGAAAAAAUUCAAGUCGGCCAGCUACUUGAAGAUCCACGUCAAGGUACACAGCGGAAUCAAGCCUUUUUCCUGUGACAUCUGCCUCCGUGGCUUCUCGCAGCAGAGCAGCCUGAAGACGCACCAGACGGUACACACGGGUGAGAAGCCGUUCCCCUGCACUAUUUGCGAAAAGCGCUUCGGCAACCUGGGCAACAUGAUACGACACCGUCGCGUCCACACAGGCGAGAAGCCGUACAUUUGCGAGUUGUGCGGCCGCAGCUUCAACCAGAGCAACAGCCUCAAGGCCCACCAGCAGGUCCACACGGGCCAGAAGAAGUUCAUGUGUGACCGUUGUGGCAAGAGUUUUGGCUAUAGGAGGAACCUUUACAACCACAAAUGCUUCUCCUAUUGACUGCCCAAAUGGUUGAUCUGAACAUGACAGUCUAAUGGCAGCUUGCACAGAAGGACAAAGUUGUUUACUUGUUCUUUGAUGAAAAACUGUGAUGCUUCCUCAUAUUGCUGAAAAACUCUGCAUUCAAGAUUUCAAACCAAAAUGCUUGAUUGCUUUGUUGCUCACAAUCAGGGUCUUUGUGAGUUGUAGCUUGGAGGGCUGUGAAAUAAUAUGCAAAAAGUGCAAAAGUUAUAUUAUUUUUGUUGUUGCAGAAAUAAAAGUACUGUUUUUGCUACAAAAAAAAGGCAUUUAAGUAAAUUAUGAGAGGAUGGAGGUAUAUUUUCCAGAAUAAAAGGGCAAUAUUACCAAAAACUUAAGUUUUAAAAUUUCAUUUACAAUACGACUUCCUAGUCUUAUUAUAGCUGCAAUUUAACUUUUUAAUUUAAAAAAGUAAUUUUCACCCAUGAACGCUGCUUCGGAAAGCAUAUAUUCCUAGAGCCUAACAGCAGAUGACAGUGUUGGGCAAAAAAUGCAGUGUAGUUCUAAAUUUCUCAAUUCUUGCGCGCAAGCAUGGUAUUUUAAUAUUCACACACCACGAAAUAAAUAUUUCCGAUAAAUAGGUGGGUAAAGCCAAAAAAAUUACUCAAGAGUAGCGUUACUUCAAAAUAAUAUUACUCAAAUAAAAGUAAAAGUUGUCAUCCAAAAAAUGUACUCAAGUACAAGUAAAAAAAAAUACUUGGUGAAAAGAAUACUCAAGUAAGAGUAACAUUGUGAGUAACUGCUUUUUUUUUUUUUUUUUUUAACAAUGGUAUUUUUCUUCUCAGCUGUUGUUAUAAUGAUACUAUACAAUAACCUAUUACAUAACCACAUUAAGCCAAAGAAAUACAAAAACAAUUUUGAAUUCUGGCGAAAGACAAAAAGAUAGAAAUUAAGCAUUAUUUGUCCAAAGAGCAUGAGUGCCCUCUAGUGAAGAAAAUAGUUCCUAGUUUGAAUAGUGAAUAGUUCCUUCAUAGUUCUUAUAGGACAUUAAAAGUAUCAUAUCACAAGUUUUCUGUGUUCAGUCGGUGCCAAAUAAAAAUUGGGAGGGAGGUUAAAAUCUGCUCUUUCAAGUCAUGUUGAGGGCGGCGCUCUAUAUCAAAUACUUCAUUUUUUACGGGGCUUUACAUAGGCCACGUUGAAUAAACAGGCUGGCGUGAUCAUAGAACGGCAAGCUUACGUCUGAUUGGUAUAAUGGAGUCAUGUGAUAUUGUUGCGACGUGUCAUUGGUGAAAUUUGUAGAGCUACUCUUCGCAUCACUGGCAAAAAAAUAAACCUAAUAUGUGGAAUAAAGAGGAAAAAUGUAACUACUCUUGUGCAGCCCAAAGUAGCGGAGUAAGAGUAGUGUUUUUUCUUCAGAAAUCUACUCAAGUAAAAAGUAUGGCUUAAUAAAACUACUUAGAAGUACAUUUUUCUCAAAGUUACUCAAGUAAAUGUAACGUAGUAAAUGUAACAGAGUACAUGUCUACUACCUACCUCUACGGAUUAGUAUAUACAGUGGGGCAAAUACGUAUUUAGUCAACCACGAAUUGUGCAAGUUCUCCCACUUAAAAAUAUUAGAGAGACCUGUAAUAUUGAUAAAGUUGUUUCAAUUAAUGCAUGGAUUUACAUCUUGAAUGUCAUGGCUUAUUCUGUUUGUAAGAACUAAUGAUGCAUUGAAGCCUGAUGUUUCAGCCUCCAAGCUUCUGAUGGUUUUGAAUGAUAAAUUUUAUUCAGUCUACUCUGGUUCUUUUCAUCAGAUUAAACCAUUUUUGCAAAAUAUGCUUUUGUAUAUUCUGUAGUGUUAGGGGAUUCUUAGUGGGAUACAAAUGGCCGUCUUUGCAUUUUUAUAGAAUGUGAAUUGUGAAGCAGGUUUUACAGGAAAUGUAAUGACUACAAAGUACAUGUGUAUGCCUCCUGUUUGAUCUUUAGCAUUGUAUCCAAAUACAAGUGACCUACUGUUUCAAAUUGAAACUUUCACAUCACGCAGCUUUUGCCGCUUCCUGCUACAAACCCCCUUAAGUGAUAAAAGAAACAAACGGUUUGUGUUAAAUGACCUCUAAGGGAGCGUGUAUCUCAGGAAUGAUCCAAUGAUGUGUAGUGAGGUUUGAAGCACCUCUAGGCGAGACAAGAUCAAUUCCGGUCCAAACCCGCCCUGUACUUUUGAAUUGAUUCCCCCACAGUUUUUGUACACUGUAGAGGUAGAUUGGGUUUGCAUUACCCCACAUCUUUAUCUGUGGGUUUGUGUGAUUUGUGAAAUAUGCAACGCUAAAAUAUUAAAUACCGACUGUAUAAUCUGACUGGUAUUACAAGACACAUUAUAGUACGUACAUUUUGACAAUAGAUGAUGCUGUUGUGCUGUACCCCCCCACCCCAUCCCAACACACACAUUUUGUGUCUGAUUACGCAAUCUAAGGUGAGGCUGGCAAUUUGGAGCCUCACCAGUGUAUUUGAAUGUAUAAAUAAAGUUCUGACAUUUUAAUGAUUAAAUCAUAAAGAUUUUAGCAUUUUAAACUAGAAAAAAAUUGUACCAGAGAAC